AUCAAUCAUCGUCAUGUUUUUCCACUUCCACCAUCAGCAAUUCUAAAUUUCUUAUUAGUUCGUGGAAAAGUGCGUGAAAAACGGUGAAAUCCGAACAAUUCAGUGUCCUUUAGCCCAGCAAGUGGUCCCCGUUCCAACAGGAGAACGAAAUCCGAACAGGGGCGACGGUAAUUUAUCAUUUUCUAUCGAUUAAGCGAAAAACAACUGAGGGACAGUAAAUUUCCAUAGUCAACAGCAGGUUCCGUGUUUUUUUUUUCUUUCCCCUACCAAGAGCUAAAAGAAAAAUCCGUGAUUUCCUACGCUGCAAUGCGGAAAUCGGAAGUGAAUCGUUAACUGCAAAUUGCCCGAAUUAUCGGAAAAGUCAAGAAGCUUAAAAUCGUGUAACACGUCUAGGAAAAAAGGUUACUCAGCCCCUUCUUCCGUACUGUGGGUGGGGAUCCCAUUUCCACUUUUCCUCCAACCAGUGAUUAUUUCGCCAUUCCCACAAAGGCAGCCACCGAAAAGACUAGCCGCAUCUUUGUGCCCCAAAGAUUUUUGUUUUUGUUCCUGCUUUUAGUUCAAACCCAAAAGGAAACUUAGGGUUUCACAUUCUGCAAAACUUUUUUUUUGUUACAGUUUUCUUUCCGAACCCUUUUCAACUCCAAAAGGCUUUGUUUUAACCCCACCACCUGUCUUUUUUUUUAUUCUUUUUUAAAUUCCACCUUUUCGGUGGCCCGAUCCUCCUUAAUCCAGUCUGUGGGUGUUCACGCGUGAGUGUGAGGGACAUGGGCUCCGGGAAAAUGACCGAUAAGUGUAGCCCCGUCGAAGAUUCGUGCAUUUGUGUUUCUGUUGCUGCUGCUUCCGAGGUCCCCGAUCAAUGGCUAUAUUCGAGAAGCGGUUCGAGCAGAAGGUUGUUUUAGACGAUACCGAGGCCUUGAUUUGCACCAUUGAAACAGCGCAGAACAUCGACGGACAUACGGAAUAUGUUCUAAGAGUGCAGAGAGGUCCAUUUCCCGAAAACAGUUGGCGUAUUCUCAGGCGUUACAAUGACUUCGCUUCGCUCAACAAAUGUUUGCAAAUAUCAGGGAUUAGUUUGCCCUUUCCAGGAAAAAAGUUCAUCGGUAACAUGCGACCGGAUUUUAUAGCUGAAAGAUUGUUUGCACUACAAGAGUAUAUAAAUCAAGUACUAAUGAAUCCUAUUUUGGCGUCAUCGUUGCCAACCAAAAAAUUCAUCGAUCCGGACAGUUACACAACUCCGUUCCAUGAUCUUGCCCUCCAGUAUGCGUCCAUGUGCCUGCGCACCGAUGGCGUCUACACCUUGGGCCAAUCGUUGGGUCCAAUUGGGUGGCGCCUGCGGAAGCAUUACUUCAAGGUCGUCCACAAGCCGGUAGGCAACAAACAUUCGCCCGGCCAUUCUACCACCAAGCAUCAUUUGAUCAAGUCGAGCUCGCAAUCUCACGGUAAGCAGCACACUACUCAGGUGUGCGUGACCACAUCCACCGAAAAGGAUUACAACAGCUCCAAGGAUGGGUCCAGCGGGAAGGAUGAUUUGAUUCUGAGCUGGACCGAAUUCGGCCCGGAUCGGUACAUCGAUGAGAAGGAGAUCCACAGUGUAUUGAAAAAUUUCGGUAGCGUGCAGCAUCCAUACAUUGUACCGAUCGAGCACAUCGCUUCCAACGAUACUGGUGCACUAGUAAUAAGAAAGUUUUAUAAGCAGGGCAGUUUGAAGGAUGUGCUCUGUGCUGCCUCGCCGUGUAAUCCAUUCCUAUCCAAGUACGGAAGUCCUAAGGGACGUGCUCCGUUGCCGUUAAAAGAGCUUGCCCUCUACGCACGGCAGAUUCUGGAAGCCAUAAGAUUCCUGCACUCCAAGGGAAUGGCUUGCGGGCACAUUCACUGCGGGAACGUAAUGGUCGUUGAUGGAGUGGCAAAGUUAAUGGAUGCUGAAAAUUUUAUAUUUGGUGUGCCCUCCUUCUAUAGGCCAUUCUUCGUUCAGCACAGCAAAAUUAACACCUGUGAAGCUAUCGACGUGUACGGGUUUGGACAUUUGCUUUACGAAAUGUGCAUGGGCUACCCGCUGCAAGAUUCCUACGCACGUCAGAUCACUGAUUGCCCGGAUAGCUUGAAAUCGUUGCUGGAGUCCAUUCUCACCAAAGACGCUUGCAAGACGGCUCUACCGACCUUAGAUCAGCUGACUACGCAUGCCUUCUUCAGUGAGUACGCUGCUGGCUUCAACGAACAGUACGCGAUGGCAGUGGGAUCGCAAAAGCCACAUCUGAAAUUUUCCUCAAAUGCCAAAGAAUUGCUGAAGGUUGCACUUCAAAAGACUGAAAAUCGUGUUCGCGAUGAACAGAAAUCGGUCAAGAAUCAAAAACGUCUAGUCAGGGUGCAGGAGAUGAUGACUUCCGAGGAGGAGAAGAAAAAAAUCAAACAAAAAGCGAAACAAGAACACCGCCAAGCUAAGCUGCGCGCACAAAAUUCACUACAACUCAAUAACGGUCCACCGCCAUCGGCUGCUGCAAACACCAGUUCCGGCUCGGCAGGUACAUCAAUGAUCAAGUCGGACAGUGCCAACAGUAUUACCUCACCGCAAGAUGCAGCACUCAUGUCUCCACCGCUGCCAGCCGGCCAACAACAGCAACCCUCGGACAGUGGCGGCAGUGCAUCGUCCCCUCUACCACCACCUUCUGCACCGCCAGUUCCGGCAGCCCCACCAUCAACGCUGCCGCUUUUCGAACAAGCGAUCGGAGGCCAGGCAAACUCUUCGGAAAAUGCUAGGCAACCGCUGAAUAAGUCAAUUUCUGGAGAUGCUGCUGUUAACUUUAGUAGUGGCAGUAGUAGUACCAACAACAAUAAUCGCAGUGCACUGCUGGAAUCAAUCUGUAACUUCAACAAAAGUGGUCUGAAAAAAAUCAACACCGGUGAUAAAUGAAGAAAACUCCGGGAGAGGCUGCGGAUUAAAUCAAUCAAAAGCUGUUCUUAAUAGGUAAACCGAGAGAGCGGUUAAGCAGAAAAUUGAAUAUCGAAACUAAGCGCACUCUAACCUAUCAGAAAAUGAACACUUAAACAUUACUAAAACCAGCAACUAUUAUAUGAAGAAAACAUUUAGAAAGUACUAGACAGCAAACAGUGUUUUGGACCAAUUUUUUCGUAUAUUAGUGAAAUACUAAACGUAAUGUGGAGUCCAACCCGCAACGUAUCACGUAGCUAACCGUAAUUGUUUUGUUUUAGCAAAUAAAAUACAAUCAGUAACUUUUAGCACAUUGGUAUAGAUUUCGCAACAUGUUGAUCUUGUUAUUGUUCUCAAACAUUUCAAUCGGUUCAAUAAAUUCAUUUUAGUUAAAAAUGUAUAAUUUGCCAACUAUUCUUUCCUAAAUUAUUGAUCUUUUCAUCUCUAGAAAUAUUGUAAUACUGCAAGAUAAUUAAGGAAAACCAGUAGGUUAUUAUCAUUCAAUCAUGAAUAGAAAAUCAUUUUAUGAGAACUAAAUUAAUACAUUUAAUAAUUUCUUUCAUUAUAGAACGAAAAACAGGAUCAACCCCUGAGCUAUUGAUCCAUUCGUGCUAGGCUUUCAAAUUGAUAACAUACCGCUGAAUAAAAUUAACAGCUGCAUAAAGCAAACACAAUACCUAUUAAACUACCGAAUCAUGAUGAAUAGCACAUACUAUAGAUGGUUCACGCGUAAUGGUCAAGCUGAGAAAUUAUUGUCGUUAACGAAAAGCAUGUCUGCACACACACAUAUUUGUCUACGUUGAAGCAUAUAUAUUAGGUUGUAACGUAUCCGGUAAAUUAACCUUCAGUAGAGAAAAAAAACGGAAGAAUUAAAGGAAAUUUUUAGCGUCCAAAUGUUCUUUGCUUGUAUCAGCUUUAUUGCGAGAUGCCUUUUAUGCGAAGAAUAGUGCGAUCUAGUUUCUUAUUUAUUUUCUUCAUUUCUUGCAAAGAUUUCCUUCAAGCUGUGAUUUAGUUAUCUUUAUUUUUCAUUCGAAUUGACAGUGUGUAAUAAAGAGAUCGUUCUAAUUCAACUAACAGCAUUUGCUUGUUUAAGUUUAUCGAAGUAAAGGUGGCAAAUGGAAAUGAUCUUAUGAAUGAACUACUGCAAAAUGCAUAUUCUUACAACAUGAAAUUGAACUAACUGUAUUUUUCAAAUCUACAUUCGAAAAAUUACUGCUUAGCAGUAACAAUAAUAAUGUUGAUUUCACAUUCCUUCAGUUGUUAUUUGUGUUUCUUCGUAUGUAUUGUAGUCUUACAUGUUUCAUUAUUUUUCAACCCUGGUGCCAUUCAAAACCAAAUCUAAAUUAUUAAGUUACAAAAUAUAUGUGAUUUCAAUUUGGCAGAAUUAUCCUACGGAACAUUUUUUCUAUUCUGAUCAAAACAUUAAGACUGCCUUUUCGGUUUUCAAACUUUCUUACAGUGAAGAAAAUUUUAUAUUUAUGUGCUUCCUUGAAUAUAUUUAAGGAGUGAAACAAACAAAAAAAAAUGCUUUAAAAUUCAAAAUUAAGUGUUCUACCAAAAUGAUGUUAAGGAUCUAUUAUGUAUUGUUACGUUAUAUUUUUGUAUUCAACAUUUACAUCCGUGUUUAAUAUUGUUGUAGAAAAUACCCAAAAACUCAACAGGAUUCUUGAUUGCAUCACUUUUAAUGUUUCCUUUUUGAGAAUUACAAGGAACAUACUGGAAUGUAUUUCUUUUCUAAUAAACUGGAAUUGCAGUCCUACUCAUCCAUCUUUAUCUCAUAUGAUUGUUGUGAUUUAUGUGAACAAAUUUACAUGAAUAUAGUAUAGUAUCCUUUUAUAACAAUAUAUACAACUUUAAACUCUACUGAUCCUGUGUAAAAAUGUAAAACAAAACAAUUCAAUUGAGCAGAACCGAACAUAAAAUAUUCAUAUUUCUUGAUAGUGAAACAAUACAUCUCGUUGAAGCAGCAGGACGUAACAGAAAGAAAAAGUAAAAACAUUACUAAAACAACGGUUCUAAAUUGUUAUCUGCAUUUUCGUCAUUGUUAACUUGGCGUAACCGUCGUCCACUUAUAAAAUGUCUACACUAAAUCUUUCUCUAUUUCGUUACUGUACGGUAUUCAAUGGGAAACUGUCCAUGGUGAUUCGAUAACAUAUAUUUAUACAUAUUCCUGUAACGUUUCUAUAAGAUGCACCAAACAUUUCGUUGUUCACCGAAUCCACUUCAACUCAUACACACAACCACCAAACUGCGCUGUCCAAAUCUAAAUUAUCACAGAAUAAAUAAAGAAAAAACAAAUGAAUGUAGUUUUUAUAUACUAUAUUUAACAUAAAAAAAUAACAACAAGAACACUACUACUAGCAUAUGUUGAAAAAGGUAACACAGUAAAAAUCAAACACUUUUUCCUAUACGAUAUAUAUUAAACUAGAAGUAUAAUCACAUAUAUGGAACAAAUCAAAAGAGAGCCGGAAGUGUAGGAAAGCAAAAACCAAAAAAAAAUAAAUAAAAUAAAUUAUCAACCAUCUCGAUGCGCCGUGGUAUUUAGAGACUACUACAAUAAACACUUCCUAGUCAAGCAAGGACGAACACAUGCACUGCACCGAUUUGGAGACGUACAGAACGUUAGAUGUUAUAGGAAAUAUGGCUUUAGACAGAGGCUGGUGGCCGUGCGUGUUAGUAAAGAACAGUAUGUUAAAACGGAAUUCCAAGAUGCAGGAAAAGCAAAAGAAUGUUGAAUAUUAUUUUAUCUAAACAAAAUUUGUGGUUUAUCGAUAGGAAAAAGAGAACAAAUAGAACUUAAAAAAUCCUAUUUGUGGAAAAGAA